AUGGCCUCGCAAAAACCGCAGCCCGCCUCUGGGGCGGUCGCGGGCAAACUCUGGGGGGGCAGAUUCUCAGGAGCUACCGAUCCAUUGAUGGUUGCCUACAACGAAUCCAUAUAUUUCGACCGGGCAUUUCACGCUCAAGACAUUGCGGGCUCCAUCGCCUUUGCCCGAGCAAAUGUUGCAACCGGAAUCCUGACCAAGGACGAGUUCGCUUCGAUUGAGAACGGAUUGAAGCAGGUACUGGAGGAAUGGCGGACGAAUGCCUUUAAAAUAGUUCCCGGAGUAGAUGAGGAUAUUCAUACGGCGAAUGAACGCAGACUGGGGGAAAUCAUUGGCAAGGAAAUUGCCGGGAAGCUCCAUACUGGUCGUAGUCGGAAUGACCAGGUCGCGACCGAUUUGCGGCUGUGGCUUAGAGACGAGCUGCGCGUGGUCGAAACCUACCUGGUCGACCUGCUGAAGGUCAUCGCAGAGCGUGCGGAGAGUGAUAUCGAAUAUGUCAUGCCCGGAUAUACCCACCUACAACGUGGACAGCCUGUUCGAUGGAGCCAUUGGAUGCUUAGUUACGGUUUCUCUUUCGUGAAUGACCUCGAGCGUCUACGAGAGGUUAUCAAACAUGUCAACCGGAGCCCUCUUGGUUGUGGAGCUUUGUCGGGGAAUGCGUUUAACAUUGACCGGGAAGCGAUGGCUAAGGAACUAGGCUUUUGA